AUGUCCGAGGAAAAGCCCCCUGAGCCACAGACCCCACUCUUCUGGAGAGGUUUCAAAACCCUCCAUCAUUUCUGGAACCGCAGUGUGUUGUUGAUGUUUACCAGGGUCUACAUCCAGCUCUUUGUUGUUUACAUUGCUCUCUUGUCGAUAUAUUGGGGCACCUACUACCAUCGCGACUCUCGUCUUCAUCGUCUUAAGUUCCUUGCAAUUGUUGCUGAUGACUCGUAUCCUAAUAAUGAAGGGGUUCCGGUCAUUGGCGAGACUUUCAAAUCGAUUAUUUUUUCACCGACCAUCUCAUCGCAAAGCGGCUGGACCUUGGUUGACUCACAAAAUUUCACCAGCGUCCUCAAGCCUCACAACAACAACACCUAUCUCGAAGAAUUGACCCGGCAGGUGUACCAACAAAACUACUGGGCCGGCUGUCUUGUGGCCCCUAACGCUUCGUACGAUUAUUAUCAAGCAAUUGUUAAUUCACAACCUAGUGUCGAGCUCAAUAGCAGCACUGUGGUUACUUGUAUCUACCAAACUGGUAGAGAUGCCCUCACUGUCUCGUACUAUAUCGAGCCUGUGGUUGCUGAGAUCAGCCUGGCAAUGAUCAAUUAUGCUUCACCUUAUAUCCUUGGACCCCUUGUCAAACAAAUUCCCCAAAGUGAACGAAGCCAGGUGGUUAGCAAGGUUUUGCAAAACAAUGCCACCGCUCCGUUAUUGAUAAGCCCUUUUGCUAUUUUGCUAACUGAUCUUCGCCCAAAUAGGAAUGCUUCGGUUACUGGGAUUAUUUACAUUGGGCUCAUUUAUGUGAUUGUCAUCACCGUGCAACUCUUCAAUUUCUCAACGGUCAUACACGCAAAAAUUGUCGACAAGGUCGAAUCAAGAUCGUACUUGUAUUAUAGACUCGGGGCGUCGCAAGUGAUUUAUGUGUUUUUAUCUUUGGCUUACGCUUUGGUCGGGGUGGCGUUUGGGAUCUCUUAUGAUGCCGCCUUCGGUAAGCUGGGAUUCCUUGUGAUUUGGGCAGCGUCUUAUUUGAACUUUUCGGCGCUUGCCGGGGUCAACGAAGUGAUCUUGCCCAACCUUGUGGCAUACGAUCGUAGUUAUGUUGGGUACUACAUUGUGGGAUUCUUGAUUAUCAAUGUGUGUGGGAUCACCCUGGCGCUUGCGGUGUGUCCCAAGUUUUAUCGUUAUUCGUACGGUUUGCCAACGUAUAAUUUCCAAAAAAUCCUUGUGGUUUGUAUCUUCGACACCACCAAGCGAGAUAUUGGCCGUUGUUUUGGGAUUUUGGUGGCGUGGGCUGUGGUCACCCAUUUGGUGGUGCCAUUCAGUUCGAAGCUUGCGAUUAGAAACACUGAAAAAUUGGCUAAAAUGAGGCAAUAA